AUGUCUUCAGGGCUCACUCGAAGAAGAGGGGGAGGUGGUGUAAUAACAACUGAUCUUGAAGAUGGGGACACAAACCGUGUAUCUAGUCCUGGGCCUAAACCUGGGGCCUCUCGUGAUAAUGGCGGACCCGAAACAUUCUAUGAAAGUGGCGACCAUGGACACAAAAUUGCGUUUGAUCCACGAGACAUCAAUGAAAGUGCUGAACGGAGUAAGCAGCCUAAGUUGACUUUAAUGGAAGAGGUUUUGCUCUUGGGACUUAAAGACAAGCAAGGGUACUUAUCCUUUUGGAAUGACAACAUCUCCUAUGCACUGCGAGGCUGCAUCGUUAUCGAACUUGCCUUUCGUGGGCGUGUCAGCAUGCAAAAAGAUUCAGCGAGAAAGCGCUUUCCACUUGCUGACAGGUUAAUAGAAGUGAUCGACGAAACACUUACGGGUGAAGUUCUGUUGGAUGAAGCUCUGAAAAUGAUGAAGGCUAGUGAGAAAAUGAGUGUAAGCGCUUGGAUUGAUCUCAUGAGUGGCGAGACCUGGAACCUCAUGAAGAUCGGUUACCAAUUGAAACAAGUCCGCGAGCGUUUGGCCAAGGGAUUGGUUGAUAAGGGCAUCUUACGAACCGAAAAACGAAACUUUCUCCUAUUCGAUAUGGCUACGCACCCUGUUGCUGAUGGCGGAGCUAAAGAAGAAAUUCGACGCCGUGUACGAAAUGUCUUGACGCAACGGACAGUCGUGCUCUCGGGAAGUCCUUUCUUACCUGAGAAUCUCGAAUUCCGAUAUGUUCGGACUAUUGUAAUGGUGUGUGCCGCAUACGCUGCCAAUGUUCUCGAGAACGCUUUAGUCUCGCUCGGCCAUGAAUCACGAGAGAGAGCUUUUGCUCAAGUCGACGAGCUACUUGCCGAAUACAGCCAGUGGCCCUUUGGCAAAAGGGCGGGCGGAACAACGGGAGGGCUCGGGGCUAAUUUGGGCCAGGUCGUUGCGGAUGAAGUCAGUCAUAGCAAAGAAAAGGAGCUUCAGCUUGAGGUCGUGGCCGCAUGUCUGAGCGUGUUUACUCGUUUGGACUCAUUGCUAUGA